AUGCGCCUAAAGCGCGAAGUCACUCUCGAGUCCCUCGCUGAUGUUUUCCCCUCAAUCGCACAGUUCCUUUCGCUCCCGUCCUUCGACAUCGUCAAGUCGGCCCUUAACUUCGACACCCCCGACUGCCACGUAACCGGCAGCUGUGACCUCUACACCACCAAGGCCGCCGGUUCGGACAAGAAGCUCUACAAGAACAUCACCCAGUCGCUUGAGGCGCAAGCCCAAGCCCAACAACAGAACAAUGGCCAGGGUACAAGAGCCGGCAGCGCUUCCUCACCUCCUCAGCAUCCCCAACCCCGCCGUGACUCGUCCACGCUCUCCGUCAGCUCCACAUCUCGCCGGCUUUCGUCUUCAGCUACCGACUCAGCCUUCGGCUCGCUCGAGGAUGUCUCCUCCCGCCGCGUCUUCGCAUACCUCAUCGCAACACUGAACGCGUCCCACCCCGACUAUGACUUCUCUCAAGUCCUGAGGCCCGCCGACUUCAAGCGCGAGCGUGUCUUGCGCCGGGUCAUGGCACACAUUGAUUCCACUCUGUCCAGUGUCCGCCCGCAGAAGGGGGAUGAUGCCGAGACUGCUGCGCUCAGGGCUUCGAGCUACACGUCUCCGACUCAGCUUAUUCUGGAUGGACGCGGGGGAGGUGGGGGGGAUGGAAUCAACCCCGCCCCGUACUGGGGCCCCCAAAUGUGGGCUUUGAUUGAUAAGCAGAUGGCGCUGGAGGAGUGUGCGGUGUAUUCGUAUGCUCCGGAAGAAGGGGCUUUUGAUGAGGAGGAGGGUGCAAUCUGGGCGCUGCAUUACUUUUUCUUUAACAAAGCGCUCAAAAGGGUGUGCUAUUUGUAUGUGCGGGGCGUACCGGUCAUGAGCAGCCAUUCCCCUCGCAGGGCGCUACACCAUGGCUUGCUUGGGGGUGUGAGCUACAGGCGGAGGAAGACGUCUGGGAUUUAUGGCAGCUGGGCCGAGGAUAUUGAGGAGGAGGUGUGGGAGAGCAAGAGGGCGCGGUACUGGUUUGGGGAGAGGAUUGCGGAGCGCAUGGGGGAGAGUGAUGAGGAAAUGGAUGAUGGGUUGGUGUGGAACCGGGAUAAGGAUGGGGAGGUUUGUUGGGGGUGUGAUGAUGAUGAGGACGAGGAAGAGGGGGAGGAUGAGACAUGGGAUGAGGAGAUGGAGGAUGAUUAUGAGGAAGAGGAAGAGGAAGAGCAGGGGGAGAACACCCCAGUUGGGAGGAGCAGGAGCCCGCUGAGGGGGGUGACCGAGCAUGCUGCGUCCAGCAUGGAGAUUGAUGUUGCUUAA